AUGCCUUACAGCACCAUCGCACCCAAGUCGAAGCCCCUCCCGCCGGGGGUCUACACCCCCAUCGUCACAAUCUACAAAGCAGGCGAUCCUCUGCAACCCGUAGACCAUGACGCGCUUUACAAGCAAUGCCAGGCGUUAGUCCGCGCCGGGAUGCACGGCCUAGUCUACCUGGGAACCAACGGCGAGCUCGUCCUUCUGACAGUCGAUGAGCGCAAGGCCAUUCUCGAAACAGCAGUACGCGCAAUCAAAGACCUCGGGAAGCCUGACUACCCUAUUGUAGCUGGCAUAUCCGCAGAGUCAACCCGUGAAGCCAUUAUCAACGAGAAAGAUGCUGGCGCAGCGGGCGCAAGUUUCGGACUCUUGCUGCCGCCCAGCUACUGGGCCAAAGCCUUGUCCAACGACGCGAUAUUGGGGUACUACCGGGACGUCGCGGAUAACUCACCCAUCCCCAUUGUCAUUUACAAUUUCCCUGGCGUCACGUCCGGCGUGGACCUUGAUUCGGACCACAUAACCGCUCUCGCGUCGCAUCCCAACAUUGUGGCUGUGAAGUUGACCUGCGGUAACGUCGGCAAGGUGACUCGUUUGACGAGCAAGUUCACGCAUGAGCAAUUUGGUGUUUUUGGUGGUAGCAGCGACUAUCUUCUUCCUACACUACAGGCUGGAGGAAGUGGUUGCGUAACGGGCAUGGGAAACAUCUUUCCGGGUUCAACGUCAGCCGUGUAUGAUCUGUGGAAGGCCGGGAAGGCUGACGAAGCUCUCAAACUGCAGUAUGAUGUUGCGAAUGCGGAGUGUGCUUGCAAGAAGGGUAUUGCCUUGACAAAGUACGGUGCUUGGCACUUCUUUGGUCGCGAUAUCGGGCUUACUGACGAAUCAUCGUGGGAGAUGAGGCGACCGUAUCUACCACUCGGCGACGCCACUAAGAAAUGGGCUCUAGAAACACUUGGGGUACUCGGAGAUACAGAAAAGCGAAGGUCGUGGAGCAAAUAG